AUGACAUUGGAAUAUAUGGAUUCCUUAUUGCCAGAGCUUGAGACAUUCAAUCUCAUACAUCCCACAUGUGUAUCCACCACCUCACAUCAACUUAAACAACGUGAAAUACUCGCCAGUCAGCCAUUGGUCCUCUUUGAACUGCUGGACGAUGAUGACGAUGAAGACGACGAAGAAAUCACAAAUACCACCUCUAAAUCCAUACACACCAUAAAUACUAUUACUACCGAUUCACACUCUGCCACCAACGACAAUAACACCUCCAAGCAAGAGGACUCUUUUAAACCAUCACAUAAAUGUUUACAACAUAGAUAUAGUUCCGAAUUCAUUUUUAAUCCAAUAAGCAAAAAAUCAGUUUCACCCUCUCCUUUACAACACGAAUCAUCUUUUUCACCAAUCGCUGAUAAAAAAAGAAAAAGAGAUAGUGACGAACAAGAAAAUAAUAAUUUAAAUAAUAACAACAAUAACAAUAACAAUAAUAGUAAUAACAACAUUAACAAUAAUAGUAAUAACAACAUUAACAAUAAUAGUAUAAAUAUUAAUAUUAAUAGUUUUCUAAAUAAUAAUAAUAAUAACAAUAAUAGUAAUAAUAAUUCAUCAAUCAAUUUCUUUUUUCCAAGCAAUCCAAGCAAAUAUUUAAAGAGUUUAAAGCAACCAAAAAUUAUGGUUUGCUUAAAAGUUGAAACUAUUUCAAUUAAAUUUGCUCAAUAUGUGGGUGAUGCAAUUUUUUUAACUCUUAUAUUGGGAACUUAUUUAAGAUACAUAAAUAUCUCAACAUACUAUUUGAUUUCUUAUGAUGAAAAAGUCAUUAGAAAAAUUCUAAUAACAUCAAUAGUUUUAUUCUCGAUAAUUAUUUUAAGAGAAAUAUUUUUAGUAUUCCAAUAUGUUCAACAAAACAAAGACAACAAUAUGAUUUUAUACAGAACUAUCGAUUCAGUUAUAUACAUUAUUCUAAAUCUAGGUUUGGCUUUGGUAUUAAAUAGAAAGAAUGAUUCCUCACCAAAAAAUUCAAAAAACAGUAACGAAACUUUCUCUGAUAAAAAUAGAUCUAACGAUGUUAAUAUGGAUCAAAUUCCAUCUUCCAAUCCUUCACCUCAUACAGAAAUUUCAACCGCCAAUAGUUUGGAUGGAAUGUACUCAUGUGUAGAUGAAGUAGAUGGUAUUCAAACAAAUUCAGUUAAUGAUGAAGAAAAAAAUAUUUCAAGUGAUAACAAUAUAAACAGUAGUGUUGCCUCUGCUGAUACUACUCCCACCACCACUACCAACAGUAACACCUAA